AUGGAUUGUGUUGAUAUCAUGAAAGAGUUUAUCAAACACCUGGAAGAUUUGGAACUGUUAACAACAGAUGCUCAACUAUACAAGGCUGAUGAAAUAUGGGACAGACUGCUUGUAUUGAUAAUGGAGUUGAAACAACAUAACUGCAACUUUAAAGUUAUAGUGCCUCGCUUACAGAGUAUUGGACUGCAAGAUAUCAUAACCGAUUAUUUGGAGUAUAAUCGACCCAGUUUACAGGUCAAAGUAAUGGAGUUUACUAAAGUAUUUGCGAUUGUGGUGUACUAUGAUCAUGAGUUCAAAGCGAUAAAAACAUGUACAGAGUUUUACAGUUAUAAACGCUGGAGCGAGGAGUGUAAAUUUGACAUCAAGCCUAUGGUCGAGAUUAUUGUUCACGAGUCGGAUCAAGAAAUGCUCACAUUGGCGAUUAACCUGUUUUUGAAAGUUUGCAGUUAUAUUGACGAUGAAAAUUUUGGCAUCGUGUUGUCAAGACUUGUUUCACGACUGGAAUCAUCUAGUGGUUCAGUUGCUGUUGGGUUUAUCAAAAAUCUUCAAACCAUGUAUCGGAAUAUUUGUCAUCAUGACCCAGUAAAAGCAGCGGGAUGCGGUGUCAUUUCAGCAAUAGUCAAUACGCUCAGGAGUGUCGAUCAAGCAGUGGUUGAUCAAAGUAUUGAAAUUAUCCAUAAUUUUUCCAGCUAUGUAAAUUGUGAAGUGACUUCAGCCGAGUUGAUAAGAUCGGGUUUGAUUCAAACGCUUAGCGACUUGUAUAUCAGAUACAGCGACGACCUUGAACUAAGAACACGCAUAAUCAAGGUAGCUGGAACUGCUGCAUCCGAUAUGCGUGACUUUCCUGUAUCGCUUGUACGAUCGUUGGUUUUUGAGCAAUUGACGAUAUCGAUACUUGAUGUCGAUAUGUAUGACUGUUUGCGCCGGUUUGGUCAUAUCAAUGACAUGAUUCAGAAAUCUACAAACAAGGCCGAGAUGAUCAAGGCGUUUCGAGAAUAUGGAAUUAUGCAGCAACUCAUCACUAUUUAUUCACGUACAGAUGUAAAUUUGUAUGAUUAUGGUGAUGAAACUAGUAUUGUAAAACUAGUCAAAACACUUGCUGAUUUUGCCGACAAUCAUCCCGACAGUUCGAUACGUACCGAGUUGGAUCAAGGCAGGAUAUUUGAAAAUCUAAUGGCUAUUGUAAAAUCGGACACUGCUGAAUACACAAACAGAAAGAUUGCUGGCCAGAUUAUUGAAACGUGUUUCCAGCAUCGGGUUCACGUUGCUAAUUCGAGCAUUCAGCCAUACAACGACAAUGCCAAAAUUGGUACGAGUUCUGGAAUUGCCGGAUAUGUACGUGGAGAGGUGCGCACGCUUGUCGAAAUGCGGUAUAUCCAGUAUCUGCAAUGUAUACUUUGCAAACCCAUGUGGUGGAUCGAUAUCACAAACCAGCAUAUUGUGGAGCAAUGGAGGGCUGACUCACUCGAUCGGAAUAUAUUGCCAUCAACAUUUAAUCUUGCGUUGGAACAACUCGGGGUUUUUGUCAAACAGCUUGUUUGUAGUGGCAGUGACGGAUUGGGCACAAUUGUCCCAGGACCUGUUGAACUGACGUAUAUACUGGACAAUGGCAUACCUGACAAUGUAUACACGCGAUUGGUGACAAAUGUAUCGGAUAUUGAACAUGGAUCAAAUCACAACACUGGUCAAAUGGUGCACAAUCUGAUUGAUGCAUCAAUGUACAGUGUUGUAUAUGGACAAACGAUGAUUGCACCACUGAGUAUACGACUCAAAUACACCACAAUGGUACCAUGCGAUAUAUUGUUAUCGACUCGACUUGUUUCAGAUACGCCCAUCAUUAACGGCAAUCCCAAGUUUAUAUCACGCAAGUUUCAAUGUCUUCCGAGUGAAUUCCGUGUCGAACAGGAUGGCAGUGUGACCAUCAACUCAUACAUCAACAAUCUGAAUCCGAUAUGGCAUCGAGACAUGUACAAAUGCAUUGCCAAAAUAUUCAAAUGUUUUGUUCCGAUGUUUGAAAGUCUGUUCAGAACGAUGGAUCCAAUGUUCAAAUAUAUUGAUAUUCACAAUGGCACAAAGGGAUAUGAGUUACCAAACCAGUCGGACUAUGGUGAUAUGCAGCCAAACACUCAAGUCACUCGUCCCGUGUAUGUACCAAUACUUCCGGAACAUUUCAAAUCCAAAUAUGAAUCAGCAAAGCCAGUAUCACUGCGUGGUCGUAAUCUACAAGUCAUUGUCAAACUCACCAACAUUCAACUGACACCAUCCAAACCUAAAUACGACGAGGGAAACUGGCACAUUGAAGGUCCACGUAACGAAUCGAUUGCUGCGAUUGGACUGUAUUACUACGACGUGGAAAAUAUCACCACACCCAAACUCGAUUUCCGCGAGGCUGUUAAUAGUUCUUAUUAUGAAAUGCCAGCUUGUGUGUAUUGGAAAGAUGUGUAUGACAUUGUUGAGCGAAAAUCAUCAAAGAAUCAGUAUAUAGGAUCGCUUGAGUUACCAAAUGGUCGAUGUGUAGUUUAUCCCAAUCGAUACCAACACAAAGAACAAUCAUUUGAACUUGCAGAUCCAACUCAACCAGGACACUGCAAGAUUCUGACAUUUUUUGUAGUGGAUUCAGUCUGUCGGAUUGUUUCGACUGCGCAUGUGGCUCCGCAACAACCACAAUGGUACAACUCGAGUCUUGACAAGGCACACGUACCGCCUGAGCUGUGGAAUGAUAUCAUGCAGUAUAUUCAAGGUGUUCAAUCACCAGCUGAAGCCAAACACCAUCGAGAUGAAUUGACAAGUGACCGAAUUCAAAUCACAGCAGCAUACAACACAUACAGAUAUGAACAGAAGUAUAAUCUUGGUCUUUGGUGAUGGAUUGUGAGGUUGUGAUUUAUACAACAAUGAGUUGUAAUGCCAGUCAGAUCUAUGCAAUUAAAUGGAUCGAAUAAAUUGAAUGAAUUGAAUCAAUCAUGUCAAUCAUGACAGUGAUUGUUGAUU